CUGCAGAGAGGAGGCAGGUGGGCUCGGGCGGAGGCAGCCUGCCCGACUGGGAGCUGCAGUCUGCGGCUGCAGUGAGAUGGACGCCAAGGCACGACCCCCCGAGUUGCAGGUGCUGGCAAUGCUGGCCUCGCUGUGGCUCGGCGCCAUGGCUCUUGCCUACGUCCUGUGGCAGGUGCACCUUCCUCCCACCUGCGGCCAGGUGUGCCCCGAGGAAGGGCCCAGCAGGUCCAGGGGCCACGGGGCCAGCCGGGCCUGGGAGCCCCCGAGAGGGGAGGCCCUGAAGCCGCCACAGGACUCCUGCCGGCUUGUCCUCGUGGAGAGCAUCCCCCAGGACCUGCCCUCUGCAGCCGGCAGCCCGUCUGCCCAGCCCCUGGCCCAGGCCUGGCUGCAGCUGCUGGACGCCGCCCAGGAGAGCAUCCACGUGGCCUCCUUCUACUGGUCCCUCACGGGGGCUGACAUCGGGGUCAACGACUCGUCUUCCCAGCAGGGGGAGGCCCUUCUGCGGAAGCUGGAGCAGCUGCUGGACAAGAACAUCUCCCUGGUGGUGGCUACCAGCAGCCGGUCGCUGGCCAAGAAGUCCACGGACCUGCAGGUCCUGGCGGCCCGAGGUGCGCAGGUGCGCUACGUGCCCAUGGAGAAGCUCACCGGCGGUGUUCUGCACUCCAAAUUCUGGGUCGUGGACGGGCGGCACAUCUACCUGGGCAGUGCCAACAUGGACUGGCGGUCCCUGACGCAGGUGAAGGAGCUCGGCGCCAUCAUCUACAACUGCAGCCACCUGGCCCUCGACCUGGAGAAGACCUUCCAGACCUACUGGGUGCUGGGGGCGCCAAAGGCUGUCCUCCCCAAAGCCUGGCCUCACAACUUCUGGUCCCACAUCAACCGCUUCCAGCCCCUCCGGGGCCGCUUCGACGGGGUGCCCACCGCGGCCUACCUCUCCGUAAGAGGGGCUGAGGGGCCGUCAUGCCCCUGCUCUCCCGGCUGCACGGGCCCUCGGGGAACCCUGUCCUGCCGUAGUGCCUGCCGGGGCCUCCGGGCAGCAGCUGGGGAGCCAGCGCCCAGGAUGGGGCCGUGGUCCCCUGGCGAGCGGCAGGCUGGCGUGGGCAGGCCCAGCUCCAGGGGAGGACGCGGCCAUGGCCAUCCGGGGGACGGGGCUGGCAGGGCAUCCUGCGGCCCAGGGCGGGGAGUCUCCAAAUGCGCUGCCCGGUGGGGCCGAGGUGGCUUCAGCUGGGGGCCAGGAAGUCGGGGAGGACCGGCUCAUCGAGUGGCUCUGUCCCUCCGCGGGGAAGGAAGGGCCAAGCGCCUCCGCCGGGCGCCGGCAGCAGACGGCCCUCCAGCUGCCCCGCUGGCUGGUCUGGGCCCCGCACCGCGGGGGGCGCUCCUCCACCGGGCCCCGCUGAGCCCCCUCGUCCGGGAAGUCCGACCAACCAGGAGUGGGGGUGGGGAGCGGGGGGGGGACCAGUUUAAGCCCCCUCCCCCCUGCCCUCCUCUCCAGGUGGUGUCUCUUGCCUUCCCCCGGCUCCCAAACACUGGAGGGUGGGUGCCCCGUAGGGCCGCAGUCAGGGGGCGCUCGGGGCCCUCAGUGACCGCUGCCCGUGAACAGGCGUCGCCGCCGGUGCUGUGCCCGCACGGCCGCACCAGGGACCUGGAAGCGCUGCUGGCAGUGAUGGGGGGCGCCCAGGACUUCAUCUACGCCUCGGUGAUGGAGUACUUCCCCACCACGCGCUUCGUCCACCCCGCCAGGUACUGGCCGGUGCUGGACACGGCGCUGCGGGCGGCGGCCUUCAACAGGGGUGUGCGCGUGCGCCUGCUGGUCAGCUGCUGGCCCCACACGGACCCCAGCAUGUUCCCCAGCCUGCGGUCCCUGCAGGCCUUCAGCAACCCCGCGGCCGGCGUCUCGGUGGAUGUGAAAGUCUUCAUCGUGCCCGUGAGGAAUCACACCAACAUCCCGUUCAGCAGAGUGAACCACAGCAAGUUCGUGGUCACAGAGAAGGCGGCCUACGUAGGCACCUCCAACUGGUCAGAAGAUUACUUCAGCAGCACCUCGGGGGUGAGCCUGGUGGUCAGCCAGAGGCCGCCCGGCGCCCGGCCAGGGGUGCGCACCGUGCAGGAGCAGCUGCGCCGCCUGUUUGAACGGGACUGGGAUUCCCAGUACGCUGUGGGCCUGGACGGGCAAGCCCAGGGCCAGGACUGUGCUUGGCAGGGCUGAGGUCCAGCUCCGCGCGGCGCCCCGGCCCCACGGCUCCCGGUGGACGCUGCUUCCCCCCGCACCUCCGCACCUGUCCUCGUCGGGGCUCCGAGCGGCCCAUCCUGCCAGCCCUGCUCGGGGCCAGGACUUCCCGACCCCUGGCAGGUGGAGACUGCUUCCUCGCCCUCAGCUCUCCGCACCAGCCUCUCUUAAACCCCACCUCCUCGGAGAGCCCUCCGGGAUGCUCCUCCCUGACCCACAGACCCACCGUCCCCACCCACAAAGGGGGGCCUCAGAAUACAG